CUGAGUGACGAACACGUUUCUUCUUCUUCUUCAUAUCAGCUGCUCUGACCCCCCCCCUCGCCUGGAAUCACAGGGGGAUGAAUGGGGAGGUGAUGGAGGUGAUGGAGGAGAACCAGGAGCAACAUCACGCAGGGAACGGCUCCCACCUCCCUCCCCCUCCCACCAUCACGCCUGCCAUCCCUCCCUACGUGAAGCUGGGUCUGACCAUCGCCUACACCAUCUUCUACUCGUUGCUGUUCGCCUUCAUCUACGCUCAGCUGUGGCUGGUGCUGAGGUACCGACACAAACGCUUCAGCUACCAGACGGCCUUCCUGUUCCUGUGCCUGCUGUGGGCCGCCCUGCGCGCCCUCCUCUUCUCCUUCUACUUCAGAGACUGUGUCACCGCUAACGCUCUCGGACCCUUCGCCUUCUGGCUGCUCUACUGCUUCCCCGUCUGCCUGCAGUUCUUCACGCUCAGCCUCAUGAACCUCUACUGUGCACAGGUUUAUUUCAAGGCGAAGUCAAAGUUCACACCUGCGCUGCUGAAAUACAGACUUCCUCUGUACCUCGUCUUCCUCACCGUCAGUCUCCUCUUUCUGGUGGUUAACCUGGUCUGCGCCCUGCUGGUCAAAAUGACCGCCUCCGACGUUAAGACCAUUGUCCUGGUGAGGGUCGCCAUUAACGACAGCCUGUUUGUCCUCUGCGCCAUCUCGCUUUCCGUGUGCCUCUACAAAGUUGCUAAGAUGUCGCUGGCCAACAUUUACCUGGAGUCAAAGGGGACGUCGGUGUGUCAGGUGACUCUGAUCGGCGUCACGGUAGUGCUGUUGUACGCUUCUCGAGCCUGUUACAACCUGGUGGUGCUCGCCCUCACCAACAUCGAGACCAUCAACUCCUUUGACUACGACUGGUACAACGUCUCAGACCAGGCUGACCUGCGGUCGUCACUGGGAGACGCCGGUUACGUCGUGUUUGGGGUGAUUCUGUUUGUCUGGGAGCUGCUGCCCACCUCGCUGGUUGUCUUCUUCUUCAGGGUGCGACAACCCCCUCAGGACAGGAGCAGCGCUGGAAUACCAAACCACAUCCUCUCCUCACGUGGGUAUUUCUUCGACAAUCCCCGUCGCUACGACAGCGACGAUGACCUUGCGUGGAGCAUUCCUCCCCAGAAUGCAUCAGCGAGGUACGAACAUCAUCACUGCUUUUCCUCCGACUGCUACGACUGGGGCAGCUUCACCGUGAACUCCAGCAGUGACGAGCAGCGCCUGACCACGGGAGAGCUCCAACAUUACCCAUGAUCCCUCACUGCUCCGCUUCACUUCUUUCAACCUUUGAUCAUCAGAUACUAUGUGUGACACAUUCAAACCCUGCAGCGCCCUCUCUUGGUAGAAAUGGACACUAACAUGUAUAUUUAAGAAACAAGGACAUAAAUCAUUUUAAACACUUUAGCGGCCGUGACAUUUGAUUUAUUAUUUUCUUCCUCACGUCACAAAACAAAUCGAUAAAUAAAUAAAAAGUUCCCACGGUGUUCUUCUGAUCAUGGACAAAUAUUUGAUUUUUAAUCUUUUUAUGAAUCUUUGCUUUAGAACCUGGAGACGAUGAAUUCUCCAGAAUAUGUUCGUGUUGAGCCUCAGUGUGGAAACGACGUGAUGAAUGUUUCCAUGACGAUCAGCUUGAGUUAUCCAAUAAUUUCAUCUGAAAUAUUUAUUCCCACUGAACGUGAUGAACUAACGCACCUGAUGUGAAUUGGAUGAUUUCUUGCAUUUAUUUAUUCUGUUUGAAUUAUUUGUUACGUGAAACUGGUUACGUGUCGUGAAACAGCUUCAUAUCCUGUCCUGAAUAAUUCUUGAAAACUCCUCGAGUUGUUGUGAGACAUAAACAAACACGUGAUUAUCUGUACGAUCAAUAUCCUGUAAAUAACAAAAACUGUACCAUAAAG